AGAGCUUUCCAAUGGGCGGCGCUGCCCUGGACCCUCUGCUACUGCCACAGCGUGCUAUAUUACACGACAAAACUGUAGCCAUCAGGGUCUCGGGUCUCUCCACCUCCGAUAUAUCACCAUCGCCACCUCUUCAACCUUUCCCUCCCUCUCGCCUCUGUCCCGCACUCGCGUUGGCCUCACUGCGCCAUGGAAGGAGGGUGGAGCCUGCACUCGCCUGCUCUCGCGAGGAUCCACGACAGGCUGCAGGGCAUGUUCCUCCUCCACACAGCGGGCUUCCUCGACGAUUCGUCAGAUUCCGUAUUAUCACAAUACCUACGAAAAUGGCCAGAAGUAUAUUCACCUUGCUUCUGGACGAGCACUUUUGCAUUGAUACAACUGGUAUUUGUCAUGAUUAUCGUGGGUCAGUUUCUGUUCAAGCGAAUCAGACGGUGCAGGCAGAGAUUGAAGACCGCAAGUCCUGAAAGCAACAAGCAUUAUAAUCAGGAACAAAAGAAUGGAGAUAUAAAGCUGGGUGUCUCAUAUCAAGCAAGCAAAGUUUGUUGUCUGCUUAUAUUAGCCAGUCAUGUCAUGAAGAUACCGUUUGUGCAGUUACAAGGAAGAAUAAGUGGUUGCAAGUACCCACCUUUUGUUCUGGGUGAAGGUUUACAGGUGCUAUCCUGGAUAAUAUUGUCACUAUCAGUAUUCAGUCUACAAAAGACAAAAUCUGCAACGCAUCCACUCACAAUUCGGGCAUGGUGGAUAUUUAACUUUCUGCAAUCAAUAAUCAGUGUGAUAUUUGAUCUCAGGUUCAGUUUAUCAGAUCAUGAAUAUAUUGGCUAUGCAGAAUUGAUCGACCUAUUCACACUACUUGUUAGCACGUAUCUGUUUGCGAUAUCCGCCAGAGGAAAAACAGGAAUCACCUUAAUAAACAGCAGCACAACAGAGCCACUAUUGAGUCCAUCUGUAGGAGAGCAGGCAGAAAGUAAAAGGACAUCCCUUUAUAGUAGAGCAACUAUUCUGGACCUUGUCACAUUCUCCUGGAUGAGCCCUAUCUUUGCUAUUGGAUACAAGAAACCUCUAGAUAACAAUGAUGUACCAGAUAUUGAUGGAAGGGACUAUGCCGAUUUACUCUCUGAUUCAUUUAAUAGGAUUGUAGAAGAUGUUGAAUGCAGACACGGUAUAAGUACUUUAUCAAUCUAUAGAGCAAUGUUCCUAUUUCUUAGAAGGAAGGCAACAAUCAAUGCAACAUUUGCAAUUUUAUACGCAUGUGCAUCCUAUGUCGGACCAUCGUUAAUUAAUGAUCUUGUGAAAUUCCUUGGGGGUAAGAUGGAGUAUGGACUAGAAAAAGGUUAUUUUCUUGCUGUUGCAUUUUUGAGUGCUAAAGUUGUGGAGACAGUAUCUCAGAGGCAGUGGAUUUUUGGAGCUCGACAUCUCGGGAUGCGGCUACGAGCUGCUUUGAUAUCCCGCAUCUAUCAAAAGGGACUCCGAUUAUCCUGCAGUGCAAGGCAGAAGCAUACCAGUGGAGAGAUCAUAAACUACAUGAGUGUAGAUAUACAAAGGAUAACUGAUGUUAUAUGGUACGCCAACUACAUCUGGAUGUUGCCAAUACAGCUUUCUCUAGCAGUCUAUGUUCUCCAUCAAAACAUAGGGAAUGGAGCAUGGGCUGGUUUAGCAGCAACACUGGCAAUAAUGGCUUGCAAUAUUCCUCUAACCAGACUGCAGAAAAGGUUGCAAUCAAAGAUCAUGACUGCCAAAGACAAUAGAAUGAAGGCAACAACAGAAGUACUUAGAAGCAUGAAAAUACUGAAACUUCAAGCAUGGGAUACAGGGUACCUUCAAAAGCUAGAAGCAUUACGAAGGGAAGAGCACAAUUGGUUGUGGAAAUCUGUGAGGUUGACGGCUUUAACAACAUUCAUAUUUUGGGGGUCCCCUGCAUUUAUAUCCUCCAUAACAUUUGGUACAUGUAUAUUGAUGGGGAUUCCACUAACAGCUGGCACUGUUUUGUCCGCACUUGCAACAUUCCGGAUGCUACAAGAACCAAUCUUCAACCUUCCCGAUUUACUAUCGGUGUUUGCUCAGGGAAAAGUUUCAGCUGAUCGAGUAGCUCAAUACCUCCAGGAAGACGAACUGAAAUGUGACACAAUUACAGAAGUGCCAAGGAAUGAAACAGACUACGAUGUCGAGAUUGAUAAUGGAGCAUUCAACUGGGAAUUUGAGACCACAUCUCCAACUAUAACAGAUGUGAAUUUAAAAGUAAGGAGAGGGAUGAAAGUAGCAAUCUGUGGAAUGGUCGGAUCUGGGAAAUCCAGUCUAUUAUCAUGCAUACUUGGGGAGAUGCCUAAGCUAGCUGGGGCCGUGAGGGUCAGUGGGAGAAAAGCAUAUGUUCCUCAGACAGCCUGGAUCUUGUCUGGGAAUAUCAGAGAUAACAUUCUGUUUGGAAACCCAUUUGACAAGGAAAAGUAUCAAAAGGUAAUAAAUGCUUGCGCGUUGACUAAAGAUCUUGAGCUAUUUGCAAAUGGUGAUCUGACAGAGAUUGGAGAAAGAGGAAUUAACAUGAGUGGUGGACAGAAGCAGCGGAUUCAGAUUGCAAGGUCAGUGUACGAGGAUGCAGAUGUCUACCUCUUUGAUGAUCCUUUCAGCGCAUUAGAUGCUCACACUGGAGGCCAACUUUUCAAGGAUUGCCUAAUGGGGAUGCUUAAAGACAAAACAAUAUUGUAUGUGACCCACCAAGUCGAAUUUCUUCCAGCCGCUGACCUUAUACUAGUGAUGCAGGAUGGGAAGAUUUUGCAGAAGGGAACAUUUGAUGAUCUCCUUCAUCAGAACAUAGGUUUUGAAGCAAUAGUAGGAGCCCAUAGCCAGGCAAUUGAGUCUGUCAUAAGUGCCGAGAGUUCAAGCAGAAUUCUGUCAACAGAUAGCAAGAACUUAGCAGAUAGUGAUGAUGAGUUUGUGAAAGAAAAUGACACUGAUGAUCAACUUCAAGGCAUAAUUAAGCAAGAGUCUGCACAAGAUGUCUUGCAAGGUAUCAAUGAAAAGGGAAGGCUAACACAAGACGAAGAACGGGAAAUGGGAGGAAUUGGCAAGAAGGUCUACUGGGCAUACCUGACAGCUGUUCAUGGUGGUGCAUUAGCACCGGUAAUAGUUGCUGCACAGUCAUUCUUCCAAAUACUCCAGGUAGCAAGCAACUAUUGGAUGGCAUGGGCUUGUCCUCCAACAUCAGCAACCCCCCCGAGGGUUGGAUUAGACCUUCUUUUCUUCGUAUACAUAACCCUAUCUAUUGGAAGUGCAUUAUGUGUUCUUGGUCGGUCUACACUUGUGUCACUUGUUGGUCUACUAACAGCAGAGAAGUUCUUUAAGAAUAUGCUCCACUGCAUCCUCCGUGCUCCCAUGUCCUUCUUUGAUUCCACACCUACUGGCAGGAUCCUAAACAGGGUCUCAAAUGACCAAACUAUUUUAGAUCUGCAAAUGGCAAACAAGCUUGGUUGGUGCGCAUUUUCAGUUAUACAACUUCUGGGGACCAUUGGCGUUAUGUCCCAGGUCGCAUGGCCAGUUUUUGCCAUCUUUAUUCCAGUGACAGCAAUCUGUUAUAUGUUUCAACGGUACUACAUACCAACAGGAAGAGAGCUGGCUCGUUUGUCAGAAAUUCAAAGGGCUCCAAUACUCCACCAUUUCGCGGAAUCACUUACUGGUGCAGCAAGUAUUAGAGCAUAUGGGCAAAAGGACCGUUUCAGCAAAGCAAACAUCUGUCUUGUUAACAAACACUCACAACCAUGGUUCCAUAGCACCUCAGCAAUAGAGUGGCUUUGCUUCAGGCUAAACAUGCUAUCUAACUUUGUCUUUGCCUUUUCUUUGACUCUCCUAGUGAGUCUUCCCGAAGGUUUUAUAAAUCCAAGCAUUGCUGGACUUGCAGUGACUUAUGCCCUCAACCUCAAUGGACAGUUGUCAAAUAUAACCUGGAACAUUUGCGACGCAGAGAAUAAAAUGAUUUCGGUUGAAAGAAUAAUGCAGUACUCAAGGAUCCCUAGUGAAGCUCCUCUAAUAGUUGAUGAUAACCGCCCCCCAAACAGCUGGCCAAAGGAUGGUACUAUAAAUAUAAGGAACUUAGAGGUUCGAUAUGCAGAGCAUCUCCCAUCUGUUUUAAGAAAUAUAUCAUGUACAAUUCCAGGACGGAAAAAAGUGGGAAUUGUUGGACGUACUGGCAGUGGAAAGUCAACUUUGAUUCAAGCUCUUUUCCGGAUUGUCGAACCAAGAGUAGGAACAAUCGAAAUUGACAAUGUCGAUCUCAGCAAAAUUGGGUUGCAUGAUUUACGAGGCAGACUUGGCAUCAUUCCACAAGAUCCAACCAUGUUUGAGGGCACAGUGAGAGGAAAUCUUGAUCCACUGAAUGAAUAUUCUGAUCAACAUAUCUGGGAGGCAUUGGAUAAAUGCCAACUUGGUGAUAUAGUUCGUCAAAGCCCCAAGAAGCUGGACUCAACAGUUGUCGAGAAUGGGGAAAACUGGAGCGUCGGACAGAGGCAGUUGUUUUGCCUGGGAAGGGUUCUACUGAAACGAAGCCAUGUCCUUGUCCUCGACGAGGCAACUGCUUCAGUUGACUCAUCUACCGAUGCAAUCAUCCAGCAAACACUCCGCGAGGAGUUUGGGAACUGCACGGUGCUGACAGUAGCACACAGAAUUCACACGGUUAUCGACAGUGAUCUCAUUCUUGUCUUCAGCGAAGGAAGAAUUAUAGAAUAUGACACGCCGUCGAGAUUACUUGAGGACGAGAAGUCUGAAUUCUCCAGGCUCAUAAAGGAGUAUUCACGGGGAUCCAAGGGCUUUUAACAGCACCACAGACAAAUCGAUCCGUGGCCGAAGCCAACAUGAAGCCAGCUAGGUGCACUGCAGAACCCAGUAGAAAUACGACACGCACCAUGAUCUCUCCACAUGCCAAGUAAGUACUGGCAGCAAAACCAUCCAUAUAGAGACGACGGGAUUAACAAUGGAGGAGACUAGCUAUAUUCAGGAGAUUCAGAAAAACUAUUAAGCUAUGUAAUCUACUAGCACUGUGCAAGCUGCUCUGUGAUGUGAGCAAUAUCAAGACGUGCAAUGUAGCUAUCCCGUGUAAGCUCUUAAAUUUCCUCGGAACAUGAGGGCAUAAGAGAGGAGGCUUUGCGCGAUUUGAUUUUCA